CGUUUUUGCCUACCACGUCAAUCGUCAAAAGGCAGACAGCAUACCACCUGCAUUCAAAAGUAACGACCGUCACGAUGUCAGCUACAUCUCGCUCAGAAGCUCGCCGCAAAGCUAUUCUCAACAGAGGAACUGACCGCCUGAAGAAACUGACCUCGUCUGCACGCGGAGAAGAUGCUCCUUAUUUGAAUGCUGAUAACUCUCCAAGAGGUGCUACUGCUAGUUUUGUGGGCGAGGAGCCGACCAUGCCUCCCUCAGAUAUGCCUCCUCCAUACUCUUUUGGGGAUGUAGGUCUUGGUGGAGCAGCACCCAACCCUUCCGUUUGGUCAGAGGAGCAACAGAGCCAGUUCCUCCAAGCUCUUAUGGGUGGCGCAGCCAAUGCUCCACCAUUUCCUCAACCUCAGAUCUCGGCUGCGGCCUCCAAUGGAGCAACUGCACCUUCUCCAGAUGAUCCUUUGGCCGCUAUAAUGAAUUCCUUGCAGCAAAUGGACCCGUCUCGUGGCGGCGCUGCUGGAAAAGUACCCGCUCCCCUCGCGCCCGCAAAGCCACCCUCGAUCGUGCAGAAGUUCACGCCCUUGCUGCACAUCCUGUGUGCAUGGUGUAUUCUGGCAUUUUUUGUGCUUUUCAAAGAGCCUCAAACUUUCGUUGAGCGCAGUGGUGGUGUGUCUGAUACUUUCUGGAAACGUUGGGCAGAGCUUGCCUGGAGAAGCUCUAGCAUAGAAGGCUGGGGAGUGCAGUUCGUGCCGUUCAUGUGGGCUUUCAUGACUGUGCAAGUCAUGCUCCACUCGAUACGUAUAUUCAUGGGAAAUAACCAAGUGCGGCCCCCAACUUUGUUGGCGCUAGCUCUGCCUCAUUUACCCCCGCCAUUCCCAUCCAUCAUUACGAAUGGCCUGCGCUACAUCCAGAUGGGAGGCGCAAUUCUUGAUGAUUUAUCGGCAAUUGUAUUCGGGAUUGGGAUGGUUAUCUUGAUCGCAGGAUGGUUCGCUGGAUGA